CUCGAGCGGUAUUCGCGCCGUCUUCCCUCACGCGCGCAACGUUCUUGCUUUUCACGACCACUCACGAACGCCAUGACCGCGGCCACCGUCGAUGAGGAGACUCCCCUGCUGCAGGUCGGCGCUCCCAAGCGCACGCCACUCGACUUCGGCCAGCUCUCCAUCGUACUCUUCCUGCAGCUCGCUGAGCCGCUGACGAGUCAGGUCAUCUAUCCCUUCACGCCCCAGCUCAUUCGGGACAUUGGGAUUACAAACGGCGACGAGACAAAGGUCGGGCACUAUGUCGGGCUUUUGCAAUCUCUAUUCUUCCUCACGCAAGCCAUGACUGUACUGCACUGGAGUCGCACAUCGGACCGCGUAGGACGCAAGCCUGUCAUUCUCAUCGGCCUACUCGGUCUAUCCCUUUCCAUGUACUGCUUCGGCCUUUCGAAAACGUUCCUCGGUCUGGUCUUGAGUCGGGGACUCAACGGUGCACUGAACGGGAACAUUGGCGUGAUCAAGAGUAUGAUGGCCGAAAUGACCGACGAGACGAACAUCGCGGUAGCGUAUGCCUACAUGCCGAUAGCCUGGUCCACAGGUGGUACCCUCGGUCCCAUUAUCGGAGGCGCACUCUCACACCCCGCCGAACAAUUCCCUUCCAUCUUCGGGCGCUUCCAAUUAUUGAAAGAGUACCCGUACUUCCUUCCCUGCGCCGUCCCAGCUACUUUCUCCGCUAUCGCCUGGUUUGUGGUGUACUUCCACCUCAAGGAAACCUCGAAGGCGACGCAGACAUGGGGUGAAUACCUCGGGCUCACCCGCAAGAGCAAGGACACGCUCAUCGACGCACCCAAGCCUCUUGAUGACAUCCCUGAGAGCGAGCGGCCUGUUCCACUGAACAAGCUCAUCAUCCCCCGCGUUAUUAUCGCCGGGAUGAACUACGCUUUCCUCUCCCUCGUAGAUAUUGCGUACCGUGCGAUUCAGCCGCUCUUUUUCUCUACGCCCAUUGAGCUUGGUGGCCUCGGACUUCCGCCCGCGCACAUCGGUUCGAUCCUUUCGGUGUUCGGAAUUUUAAACGGUAUCUUCCAGAUAUUCUUCUUCGCCAGGAUUCACGACCAUUUUGGCUCGAAGAAGACGUUCAUCGCUGGCAUUGCCGCUAGCAUUCCGAUCAUCAUGCUCUUCCCUCUAAUCAGCUUGUACGCUAAGGCUGAGGGGUACUCUGCCAUGGUCUGGGUGCUCGUAGGAUUGCAGAUCGUGCUGUCUCUGCUUAUCAGCUUGUCUUAUGGCGCUGUGUUCAUCUUCAUCUCGGCAGCAUCGCCGAAUCGCGCAAGUUUGGGCGCGACCAACGGCCUCUGCCAGAUGUCCGUCUCCAUCAUGCGCGCCAUCGGGCCAGCAGCAGCGAACUCGCUAUUCUCGUUGUCCAUAAAGCACAAUUACCUCGGUGGGUGGAUGGUGUACUACGUGCUGCUCGGCACGAGUCUUGUGUCGUUGUACGUCGCAUCGUUGUUGCCGGCGCGCGCGUGGACGUCGAAGUGAAAUUUUCGUGCGGAUGGAUGAGUGGCGGUCAUGCUAGUGUAGCAUAUACAUGUCUCGCAUACUACUUGUGUAUUGAGUAGGAGAUCCCAAAAUUCAUAGAUUGGUCGCCACACACUUUGACGACUUAUGUCUUCGGUC